AUGAAGUGGUCCGCUACCUUCCUCCUCGGCCUCGUCUCGACGGCCUUGGCCAAGCCCAGCUACAAGCGCCUGCCCGAUGACAGAUGGGAUUACAUCGUCGACGGUGCCGAGAUUGAGCGUCGCGGCGAGUCAGCCGACAAUACCACCUCCAGCUACACCCUCCGUGGUAGGAGCGUGGACCCCUCCUCGCUCGGUGUCGACAAGGUCAAGCAGUACGCCGGUUACCUUGACAAUAACGACCAGAACAAGCACUUGUUCUACUGGUUCUUCGAGUCCCGAAGUGACCCCGCCAAUGACCCCGUGGUCCUCUGGCUUAGCGGUGGCCCAGGCUGCUCGUCCAUGACUGGACUGUUCUUCGAGCUCGGCCCUGCCAAGGUCACCUCGGACAUUGAGGUUGUCAACAACCCCGAUUCCUGGAACAACCGCGCCAACGUUCUCUUCCUCGACCAACCUGUUGGCACGGGAUACUCGUAUGGCGAUGGUGUGGACACCUCCCUUGCGGCUAGCAAGGACAUCUACGCCCUCCUGAAGCUCUUCUUCCAGCAGUUUCCGCAAUAUGCUAAGCAGGACUUCCACAUUGCUGGCGAGUCAUAUGCUGGACACUAUAUUCCUGACGAUGCCGCCGAGAUUCUCUCCCACUCCGACAGCGGCAUCAAUCUAAAGAGCAUUCUCAUUGGCAACGGUCUCACGGAUGCCUACAACCAGUACCCCCAGUACCCUGAGAUGGCCUGUGGCAACGGUGGCUACCCGGCCGUCGUCGACUCAGGCACUUGCCAGCAGAUGCGCAACGCCAUUCCCAAAUGCCAGAGCGCCAUCAAGCAGUGCUACUCUACGCAAAACUCUCGCGAUUGCACCUCGGCCUCGAACACCUGCUCUCGUGUCUCUAAUGCCUACUACCAGACUGGUCAGAGCCCGUACGACGUGCGUAAGCAGUGUGAGCCUAACACGGGCGGACUCUGCUACCAGGGCAUGAACUACGUCCAGCAGUACCUCAACCGCAAGGAUGUCAUGCAGGCCCUCAACGUCGAGGUGCAGAGCUUUGACAACUGCAACGACGAUGUCAACUAUGCUUUCCACAGCGCUGGAGACGACAUGCUGCCCAUCCAGCAGAACGUUCCUAAGGUGCUCGCUAAGAACGUCCCGGUUCUCGUAUACGCCGGCGAUGCGGACUACAUCUGCAACUGGCUCGGCCAACGCGCGUGGACCAAUGCCCUUCCUUGGCCCGGCCAGUCUUCCUUCAAGUCAGCCACGACCCAGAAUCUCACCUACAAGGCUGGUGGUGGCGAUGCCUACGGGACUGUGCAGGCCGCCAAGGGCCUUGCUUUCGCUCGCAUCUUUGGCGCUGGUCACCUUGUUCCCAUGGAUGAGCCCAAGCCCAUUCUCGAUCUUGUCAACCGCUGGAUUCACGACGGUGACUUUCAACAUUAA